UUUGAUAAUAAAUCAAAAUUUUAACAAAAUUUAUUAACAUAAUUUACUAGUGUUUUCUUAAUCUUUAGAAAAUUGCCGCCACCCAGAAGCCGAGAGGAGAAUAAUAUAUGGCCUCCGAAGAUGAUUUUACUAGGCACGGGUUGGCGGCUGCUGUUGCUCGUGUAUGUGCGGAGGCUGGAUGGGAUACAGCUUCUGGGUCUGCUUUAAGGACGAUGACUGAUGUACUACACGAGUAUUGUGCUGGGUUAGCGCGAGCCGUCAAAAUGUAUUCCGAAAUAUCGAAUACUAACUUAAUUGGAAAUUGUAUACCAGAUAUUGAAGAUGUAACUAUGGCUUUUAAUGAUAGACAUAUCCGUUUAGUUGAAAUAAGAAAGUAUUUGAAAUACCAACAAAAUAGUGAAAUAGAACAUCCUACUAUGAAUAAUUCAUUACCUCAAUAUCCCCAUCCAGCUAAGUCCAGUACCUUGAAUAUGAUGAAACCUGGAAGUAGAGAAAUUGUAACAAGGCCUGUUCAUGUACAUGAACACUUACCGACUAUGUAUCAUGUAGAACAACAAUUAGAUGAAAAAUUAUCUCAAAACUAUGAUGGCAGUGAUUUAAAUAAAUCAACUAAUAAUUCAUGGAAUGUUUUCGAUGGUAAUAAUGUUCAAGAAAAUAACAUGGCAUCCAAUAAUGUUGGUGAUAGGUCUUCUAUUAACAAUCGAUUAAUUGUUCCAUUAAAUAGACGACUAAGGGAUAUAUCUAGUGUGGUCAUGACAACAUCUGGGUAUUUAUCACCUUCACGUGAAGGUAGACUUCCAGAAUCUAGAUUGAUUCUUCCUUCAUUUUCUUCUAAUUCAUUAAGUUCAAAAACUAGUUCAUCUGUAUCAUCAAAAAAUAUUUCACGCUCUACAGAAUUACCUAUAGUAAAGAGUGAAAAAAGUCACCAGCCUCGUCAUAUUAAAAAACCAUCUCAAAAAUUCUUGAUACCAAACCAUUCCAUGAAUAAAGAAAAAAUUAAUUUAGAAAGUAACAAUAAUAAAAAUGAUAAUACGAAAAUUAGUAAAAAACAUUUAAAAGAUGAGCUACCUAAAAAGUCAUCAAAAGGAAAUGGAAUAUUACGACGAGAUAAUAAUUCGCGCAAUGACCAAUCUUCUAAAAAUAGAGAUAAAUUAAAAACAAAUGCAUUAAAUGCAAUAUUUGAUAGAUCUUUACCAACUACUUCCAACUCUCCUCAAAGUAAUACACCUUUAUCUAAUAAUUCAAAUAAACGUUCCAAAAACAGCUAUACCCUUGAUAGUAAUAAAACUGACAGUGAAAAACUUAAUUCUGAACCAGACAAACGUAAAUUAAAUAUAUUUAAAAAAAUUUCAACUAAAUCUGAUAAGUCCUCAGCAAUUCGACAACUUGCAAAACCACAGAGCAACAGUAUUGUUCUGACAUCUAGUAAUGAGCCUGACAGUAAUAGUACAAAUACUAAUAAUAUUUUAACUUCAGAUGAUAUAAAAAAAGACAGCACUGAAAAAAUCCCUGAAUCUACAAUUUUCUCUAGUCAAAAAUGUUCAGAUAACACCCGUACAUCUAAAGUAUCUGAUUAUAAAGUAGAAGAUGUAUCAAAAUCAGUACCUAAAAAAAGAAAGAAGAUGCAAAAAUCAGUAAUGCAUGAUAACGACUUAUUCUUCUCAGAUUAUGCAGUCAUAAAUAAUGUUAAGAAGAAACCAAAAAUGUCCAAUGAAAUACGACCUCUUUCACCAUCUCCUGUAAAGUUUUCAUUUUUUGGAAAUCUACCCCCUCCAAUACCACCUGCACUUGCAUCAAACCCUUUAGUUCCCAAAUAUACUUUACCUCCUAGCAGUAUUAUAUCUACAAAAUCAAUUGAAAAAUCUCCAAUUAAUAAUUUUUUGCCAACUAUACCUGGGGAAGAUGAUUAUCAUUUGUCCAAUGAGAUUGAACCACAACCUCCAUUACUUGUUAAGGAAAAAAAGGAUAUAGUAGAAGAGGGGAAAAAAGAACGAAGAAAGUCGAAAAAGAAGAAAGAUAAAAAAGAUAAAAAAAGGGAAAAAAAACGUAAGAAGGAAGAAAAAAUGCUUGGUAAAAUACUCAAAGAUAAAUCCGAUUCAGCUGAUGCUGAAUCUAAUAAAGAUGACAUUAGCAUGAGUAUGAUAGAAGAGAUUAAUACAAAUAAAGAAGAAGAAUCAUUAGUCCCUAAAAUAAAGCUCAAACUUCCAGGGUCAAAUUCCUCACCAACUACAAAUCAGCGCAAAAUUGUUAUAAAACCUAUUGUAAAAAAUAGCAAAUCUCCACCUAGCUCUAAUGAUCCUGAAUCUCAUGUCACACGUACAAAAUUACCAAAAGAAGAAAGAAACAUGGAGUCUAUAAAAUCACCUCAAUACUCAAUUAAAGAUGACCGUUCUCUAUGCCUUUCACCCAAUCUACCAUUGCAAACAGAAAAAAAAGAAUUAUGUGGAGAUAAUACAGAUAAGCGUUCCUCAAAAUCAUCAAAAAAAAUCCCCUCUGUUAGAGAUAAUUUUCACAAUAUAACACCACCUGCAAAUGAUAAAAAUGAAGAUACAAUCAAUUUGUCUUCUGCAACAAAAACAAUUUUGAUUUCUCCAUCAAACACAAAUAUUAAGCCUAAUAAAACCCCUAAAUCAAAACCUUCAAAAAAAUCUUCUUCUAAAAAGUCAACAGCUGCUCGUCAAAAUGUUCCAGCUGCAUUUUAUUAUGAUGAAGCUGGUAAUCAAGUUUGGGUGUGUCCUUCGUGCACUAAGCGAGAUGAUGGCAGUCCAAUGAUUGGCUGUGAUGGAUGUGAUGCAUGGUAUCACUGGGUUUGUGUUGGUAUUCAGUGUCCUCCUGAUUGUGCUGUUUGGUAUUGUAUGACGUGUUUAGCUGUGAAACGUGCUGCUGUGUCCAAGCGAGGUAGACCCCCACUCAAAAAGAAAACAUCAAUAACAUCAUCACUUUAAAAUUCUUCUUUUUUUAAAAGUUCUUUACAUGUUGUUAAUUUGUUCAAUUUUGUGUGGUUUUUGAUUCUAAUCAUUUAACCUAUAAACAAUUACUAAUUAUAACCUUAUAUCAUUAUGACAAAGUUAAAAAGUAAACUACCAAAAAAAUAUCUAUAUAUUUAUAAUUAUUAUUGGGAUUCUAGGGAUUAUUUCAAGUUAUUAUAUAAAUAUUUAUAUUAUAAUUACUAUUAUACAUUAUUAGAUACAAAUGUUAUUUUUUAACAUACCUGUUAGAAAUUGAACUCGUUACAUAUAAGCCACCUUUUUUUGUUUUCUUCUUUUUUUUUAAUUUAUGUUAUUAUUUAAAAUGAUGGUACAAUAACUUAAAAUUUAACAUGCAAGUUAUUUAAAUAUUGCAUACAAUUUAUUAUGUUUAUUAAUUUAAUUGUGACUAAAACUUUGGUUUUUGUUUCUCUAUUCACCCAAUGAUGUUAUGUUGUUGCCAUCAUUUUUAUUGUUAUAGUUUGAAUUAUACUUGAAAAGGUUAUUUUCCUUCAUCAUUAUUAUUUCGUUAUUUUAUUUAUUUGUUUUAUUUUUUCAUGAGAAUACUUUUUUUUAGAAAAAUAUAUUUUAUUAUAUUAAUUAUAAUUGCCUAUAAUAUUUACCUACUAUGUAAAAGUAUCAUUUACCUAAUUUGUGUGAAGUAAAAAAAGGCGUUAUUCAUUUUAAUGAUUAAUGCUUAGUAGAAAUUAA